AUGAUUGAAAUAGUGCGAACAGCUGUGGUACCAAGAGUGGCUGUACUGGCGCGAGUUGCUGUGACUUCACAAGUAAUUGUGGCGCUGCAUAUAGUUGUAACACCACGAAUUGUUGUGGCGCCACGAACAAUUCCGGAACCACGAAUAAGUGCCGAGCCACGAACAGUUCUGGUGAGAGGAGUACUAUGA